UCGCCCCCCACGUGACCCAAACAGAUUCGGGCACUUCCGCUUCCCUUCGGCUUUCUUCUCGUCGGUGUCCCCGGCUGGUCCAGAGCCGGGUCCCCGCGGAAGCGGCGGUCGAGGCGCCAUGGCGGAGCUGACGGCUCUGGAGAGUCUUAUCGAGAUGGGCUUCCCCAGCGGACGCGCGGAGAAGGCUCUGGCCCUCACAGGGAACCAGGGCAUCGAGGCUGCGAUGGACUGGCUGAUGGAGCACGAAGACGACCCCGAUGUGGACGAGCCUCUAGACACCUCCCUUGGACAUAUUCUGGGACGGGAACCCACCUUCUCAGAGCCAGGCGGACCUGAAGGAGCUGGGUCUGCUGCUGGAGAAGGCAAACCCAUUUUGAGUGAAGAGGAAAGACAGGAACAGACCAAGAGGAUGUUGGAACUGGUGGCCCAGAAGCAGCGAGAGCGGGAGGAAAGAGAGGAGCGAGAGGCAUUGGAACGGGAGCGGCAGCGCAGGAGACAGGGGCAAGAGUUGUCAGCUGCACGCCAGCGGCUACAGGAAGAUGAGAUGCGCCGGGCUGCUGAGGAGCGGAGGAGGGAAAAGGCUGAAGAGUUAGCAGCCAGACAAAGGGUUAGAGAAAAGAUCGAGAGGGACAAGGCAGAGAGAGCCAAGAAGUAUGGUGGUAGCGUGGCUUCUCGGCCAUCCCCACCAGCACCAGAGCCAGGUCCUGUUCCUUCCUCUCCCAGCCAGGAGCCUCCCACCAAACGGGAGUAUGACCAGUGUCGCAUACAGGUCAGGCUGCCAGAUGGGACCUCACUGACCCAGACCUUCCGGGCCCGGGAACAGCUGGCAGCUGUGAGGCUCUAUGUGGAGCUCCACCGUGGGGAGGAACCUGGAGGGGGCCAGGACCCUGUGCAGUUGCUCAGUGGCUUCCCCAGACGGGCCUUCUCAGAGGCUGACAUGGAACGACCUCUGCAGGAACUGGGACUCGUGCCUUCUGCUGUCCUCAUCGUGGCCAAGAAAUGUCCCAGCUGAUGGGCCUUUAUCCUGCCAUUCCUCUCUGACCUCUUCAUCUUUGAUAAAGCACUGACAUCUCCUUCCUAAUAAAUAGAACCUGUGUUCUCUA